GUGGAAACCCCUGAUUAAUAAAGGGACUAAGCCGAAAAGAAAAUGAACAUUAAAGAAUUUGGUUCACCCAAUAAUCAACAUUUACUCUCUUUGUACUCUUCCUCAAGUGGUUCCAAACAUGUUUUUGAGUUUUGAAAACCGCUAACCAUUAACUUGAGGAAAGUCAAUGGUUACCGGUUUUCAGCAUUCUUCAAAAUACCUUCUUUUGUGUUCAACAGAAGAAAGACUUGUGAAGAAAUACAAGUAAAGGGAAGUAGGCUAACUAAUGACAGUUUUCAUUUUUGGGUGAACUGUAUUGUUCAUUGUUAUUUUUUAAUGUAGCCAAUAAACAAAUAAAUCUUAUUUUAAAGUGCUAAAUAAACAACGACAGGCCUGACACACACGAAAACACAUUUUAAUCGUCUGUUGUUUACGUUCUUUUUUAAUGGUCGUCUCCGCCAUCUUGUGGUCAUGCAGGGUAAAAUAACUUACGGUGACGUGUGUAAUGACGCGAAAAGGGGAAAUCGAAACUGAUAUGGGUUUCCCGAGUAAUGUUUAAAACCUGAUCGUAAAGCACAGUCUGCUGAAUAAAGCUCAGUAUUAAAACAACAUUGACAAGCAGUUCUGUCUACUUACAUCUCUUACAUCUGAGGAAGAGCUCGCUGAAAACACACGAGGCCACAAACAACUGUCGCUUCUGUUUGCAAGGUCCUGUCUAUUGAUGAAUGUUGUGCUGUAUAGUCUGACUGCAUCAUGACUCAAGCAAAACCGCUGUUCGUGCCCUGGUUGUAUGAACAAAUCCAGAGUGGACGUUAUCCUGGAGUAUGCUGGAAAAAUGAAGACUGUACCCAGUUCAGCAUUCCCUGGAAACACGCUUUGAGACAGGACUCCAACAGCGACGAUGUGCUCAUAUUCAAGGCGUGGGCUCAGACUAGCGCUGCUGGUGAUGGCAGAUUGAAUGGAGAUCCGUCUGUGUGGAAGAGAAACUUUCGCAGUGCUCUUCGCGCUAAAGGCUUCAAAAUGAUAUCUGACAAAAAGAAUGAUGGCGCCGAUCCACAUAAAGUCUAUCAGUUUCCCUCCGAUCCUCAUUCUGCAGCUUCAGGAUCUGAGGGCUCUCAAGAAACUGAUAUUUCACCACAUCUGUAUGUGGAUAAUGUGUUCACAGCAUCAUUUGAUUUGGACCAACAUUUAACUGGACUACACCUCCAGGACCCAUCAGCACGAGUCCAUAUCAUUUUGAAUCCAAAUGACUUAUAUGUGGAUCCAGGAACCCAGAUAUACGAUUUUCAAGCAGUGGUCCCUAUUGAAGCCAUAUCCUCCUCAGAUGAAGGUGCUGUCGGUGGUUUGGGACAGAUUUCGCCAACUGAGGGAGCGAUGGCUGUCAAUCACAUUUCUCGGGAAUAUCAACAGACUGCCACUCAACCACAUUUAGGAGCUGUACCUGAUCACACUGCCAUUCCUGAGCCAAAUCUGGCGACAUUUUUUCGGAUCAAGGUUUAUUAUAAAGGGAAAAUGGUGAUGGAGCAGUUGGUGGAGAACGACUCUGGUUUCAGACUGAUGUACCACAGAAACAUGGAUGAGUCAGGCCUGCAGGAUGGUGCGGGUCUCCCAGUGGUCACUCUUCCUCCAGCUGAAGGAAUGCCGGAUCAAAUGCAGACCAGGCUUACUAAUGAUAUUCUGGAUAAUCUGGGUGGUCUGGAGAUUCGGAGAUCAGACGGAGUGAUUCACGGUCACCGUUGGGGGUCCAGCAGGAUCUACUGGGGUCUGUGCAAGCAUGAAAGAAGCCAAACACCCAGAGAACUGUCCAAAAACACACCUCAACCCAUUUACCUCAUGAAAGAUUACAUUUCAGGUUUGAUGCAGUUUAUUCAGACAGGAGGUGAAUCUCCUUCUUGCACUCUUUACUUCUUCCUGGGGGAGAAGUGGCCAGACCCUAAAAUGAAGCCUUGGGAGAAGAAACUCAUCAUGAUUGAGGUUAAUCUGACCGCACUGGAGUUUUUGAAGUCUAUGGCUGUUGAACAAGGAGCGUCUUCACUGCAGUCAGACGAGCUGCAGCUUUCCCUGGAGCAAAUGAUGGAGCUCUGCUAAAAACAACCUCCUGGGUUAACCUGUUUACACUGUGGUGAGCGAAUCUGUGGUAAACCAUAUUUAUUCAAGGUGUGAGAAGCAGACUUUGGCUACAGGAGAUUAAUCAGUGGUUCAGUAGUUCAGUUUACUAGUUCAUAUACAGUUAAAAGCAAAAUGAUUCACCCUCCUGUCAAAUAUUUAUUCUUUUUCAAAGUGAUGUUUAAUGGAGCAAGGCAUUUUUCACAGUACUUACUACAAUAUUUCUUUAUGCUGGAAAAAAGUCUUAUUUUGUUUUAUUUUUUAAUCAUUUUUAAUAAUUUUAAUUUUAAUGAUAAUAAUUUUUUAAUAAUUUAAGUUUUAUUUUGAGUGAAAUAAAAUCUGUUUUUAAUUUUUAAAACACAUUUCAUGGUCAUUAUUAUUGGCCCCCCUAAACCAAUAUUUUAACAAUAAUAAAAAAAAAUCUAGUAGAACAUUGUGAUAAGAAAAUAUCCAUUUUUAAGUGUUUGCAUUCCCUCGCAAAACUGCACAAACACUUCCUGUUUACUUCAUUCUCCAGUAUUUUAUCAUCCUAUCCUGCUAUCGCCCUAUCAUUAAGUAUUUACUCAUAGUUCUCAUCUAUUUUUAAUCUUGAAAGCACGCUGAAAUGAAUAUAUAAAUGUCUGCAUUCACUUUCUUUCCAUU